UGAUGCUGUCGAAAAUUAUAUUUAAUAUUCUUGUAUUCUACUUUGUUGGAUGUUUGCCAACGGAUACUUCCGAUGCUGGUCCAACUACUGAUCUAACGCCAGACGAAGCAUCCCAUGUUGCACAAUCGUUUCUUGAGGCGGGCUUGGAAGGAUUUACGUUAUUGCGGAUUCAUCACUUUGAUGAGGAUAUUGAUUCAUGCAACUUGAUCAGAACCAGUACCUACGAGGUACAACUACAAUCAACGGGAGAAGUGUUUGAAAUCAGCAGCGAGAGUAACAUUACGAAUGCAAGCAAUUGUAGACGCAAACAUAAACUGAUGCAAGCAAUAAGCCAAGCAAGAGUAACCCGUGUUCAGUGUUUGGGGAAGAUUACGAACGAUACAUUGAAAUGGGAAGAAAUGUCGAUUGAACAGUUUCAGGAGGAAAUGUCAACGAUUGUUCAGGAAGACUUCCGCAUAGUUACUGCAAAACAUUCUUAUAGAUUUGCUGAAGAAAAUGGUGCUGAAUUUGAUACAGAACUAAUUGAAUUACUGGUGCAAAUCAUAAACUCUGGCAAAGAAUAUUUGGUGAACAUUGAAGGGAAGCUUGACUUUGAUGGACAGGUAAUCCCCAGAACAUAUCGAUACCCUCCAAAAGUUCUGCUCUCAUUGCUUGGUGGAGGGAGAUUUUCCAAAAUUAAGCGGAAGAGUUGAAACGAUGCAAUGAAUUCCAUGCUUCCAGAGACGUCAACAGCUGAUCAUUGAUAUUCUUCAAGUUGCUAGCUUCCCAUCCAUCCAUUUACAGUAAAUGGUUUACGUCGUAGCUAAGCCUGAUUAUCCUAUUGAAAACAUAUAAAUUCCACUUUUCUACUCUA